CUCAAAAUUUUAUUAUUUUUCUUUUUUUAGUAACUCUCAAUUUCCACUUUAUUUCAUGCAAAUAAAAAUAUUUGUGUUGAUUUGAUUCAUCAUAGAAAAAAAAUAAAAAGAAAUGGGAAUAUUUGAUUAUGUGAGUGAUGAUAUUGGGAAUGGUAGUAGUCAUAAGAUGGUGGUACCAAUAACAGUAUUUGUGGCAAUUUUGUGUUUGUGUUUGGUGAUUGGUCAUUUACUUGAAGAAAAUCGAUGGGUUAAUGAGUCCAUCACAGCCAUUAUCAUUGGUCUCAUAUCGGGGACGAUAAUACUUCUGAUAAGCAAGGGAAAAAGUUCCCACAUACUUAGGUUUAAUGAAGAGCUGUUCUUCAUUUAUCUACUCCCGCCGAUAAUAUUUAAUGCAGGAUUCCAGGUGAAGAAGAAGCAGUUCUUCCAUAACUUCUUAACUAUUAUGUCGUUUGGAGUUAUUGGGGUUUUCAUAUCGUCAAGUAUUAUCACGGCUGGUAGCUGGUGGCUGUUUCCCAAGUUUAAUUUCAAUGGAUUGACCGUUCGUGACUACCUUGGUAUUGGAGCAAUAUUUUCAUCGACGGAUACUGUAUGCACAUUGCAGGUUCUUCAUCAAGACGAGACUCCGUUGCUUUACAGCCUCGUCUUUGGGGAAGGAGUUGUGAAUGAUGCUACAUCAGUUGUUCUCUUCAAUGCGGUGCAGAAGAUUGAUGUCGAUAGAUUCAACGGUUGGUCGGCUUUCCAUGUCUUUCUAGAUUUUCUGUACCUGUUCUCCACAAGCACCGCUCUUGGAGUUUCUGCUGGACUUCUAACGUCAUACAUUCUGAGGGGCUUAUACUUUGGGAGACAUUCUUCCGUUCGUGAAGUAUCCCUCAUGCUUCUGAUGGCAUAUCUUUCCUACAUGUUGGCUGAGCUUUUCAGCCUAAGUGGGAUUUUGACCGUCUUCUUUGCCGGAAUCUUGAUGUCUCACUAUGCAUGGCAUAAUGUGACCGACAGUUCAAGAAUCACUACGAGGCAUGCUUUUGAAGCCAUGUCUUUCAUUGCUGAAACAUUCAUAUUUUUGUACGUCGGGAUGGACGCGCUGGACAUUGAGAAGUGGAAAAUGAGCAAACAGAGUCUUGCCGGCAGUGUUUGGACUUCAAUGGGAAUAUAUGGUACCGUGCUCCUCUUGAUAGCUAUCGGGCGUGCUGCUUUUGUAUUCCCUCUCUCCGCCUUUUCCAAUUUCCUGAACCGACAUGCUACACGAGCACCAUCAAUUACGUUCAAACAUCAGAUAGUAAUUUGGUGGGCUGGUCUUAUGAGAGGCGCGGUCUCUAUUGCCUUGGCGUUCAAACAGUUCACUUAUUCUGGUGUUACGGUUGAUCCAGUGCAUGCCGUAAUGGUUACGACUACAGUAAUUGUUGUGCUCUUCAGUACACUGGUUUUCGGCUUCUUGACAAAGCCACUUAUUAACUAUCUGCUUCCGCAUAACGACAAUACAAGGAGAAAUAUAGAUAGAGAGCCAACUAUCUCGAAAGAGACGCUCCCUUUGCUUUCGUUUGACGAAUCUGCCUCAACCAACCUUCUACGCGCGAAGGAUAGUUUGUCCAUGCUGUUUCAAAGACCUGUGUAUACAAUUCAUUCCUACUGGAGGAGGUUCGAUGACACUUACAUGAGACCGAUAUUUGGUGGACCAGCUAGAAGCGAGCCCAGAAACGAGGACUCCGGAUAGUAGCCGAGACUUGCCACUACACCAUGGUGGCAAUCCUACUUUCUUUUGCUAUGGAAGCGACGAUACUGAUACUCGCCUGUGAUGGAUGAUUGGCAUCUUCAAAUUUUGACAUCGGAGCUGCAGUUGGAGCUGCACGUUUGUUCUGACGAAGCAAUCUUGCUGGAAUUUUGGCCUGUCUUGUUCCUUCGACUUUGCAUGAACACGUUGAAGACUCGGUCUCUUUAGCAAUAAAUUCUAAUUAUAAAUAGUUCUCUCUUUGUUGAAAAUGUUUUUCUUAGCUUAGUUUUGUAAAUGCUGCCAACAUGAUGGUCUAAGUUGUGUGGACUCUUCACUUUGAUGUCGUAUGUGUGUUGGAUUUUUCAAAAUUACACUAUUUUUAGCGAAUUCGAUGAAUUCAA